AUGAAUGAAGCGGCAAAUGAAUAUAAUGGUGAGUUUUAGUGUGAAUAAGAUAUCAACAAAGUUUGAUUUGCAGAUGAAACAACUCCAAACAUCAACACAGCUAAACCAUUGUCAAAUAAUCUCUCCAUUCACAUUUUCCGGACUUGUUGUCCAAAAUUAAUUGGAAGAGUGAUUUUGGCAUAUGAAAGGGCAAAUAUGUUAUGUAAAGAAGAUUAUGAGGUAUCGAAAUUGAAAAAAAUCUGGAAAUAAUCGAGGAUUUCAGAAAGCACUCUCCGAUUUCGCUCACCAUACGUUCCAAAUCAACCCGAUUCCUCAAGAUAAAUGUGAUAAAGAAUAUAUGACUGGCUUGGUUUUCAUGGUAAGUUUAGAUCUUUAAAAGUUUGGAAUUGAAUGGAAAGAAUCUUCAGAUAAACUUGCUUAGCCAUAAAUUGGAAACUAUACAAAACAAGCAAAAUAAUGAAGACGAAGAAGAAAGUUUAGUGAGAACAAAUCGUUUCGGACGCGCCUGGCAAAGUUCCAGCAGUGAUUCAAGCGAGGAUGAUCGGUAA